AAUGUGAAAAAGUUCAAGGGGGCCGAAUACUUUUGCAAGCCACUGUAAAUACUCACAAAACAGAAGCUUUCACUUUUAAUAACCAUGCUUUAAAUAGAUGAAGUGGGAGGAACUGAAUGUGUACUGUAACAAGCUUGUUGAAAACUUCAUCUUCAGAUUCUCUUCUAGCUUGACUGGGCAUGCAAAUAUAUUCAAGGUUUUAAGUCAACUGUGAAAACUUCCUUUUUGCUACUUUAGGAGGGGUCAUGCAUUCUACAUACCCUAACUGGAUCCUCUAAGAAAACCUGAAGUUUUGAGUUGAAUUAUUUCUGAUCUGGAUUCCAGGUUUCCUUUGAAACAUUACCCUUAUAUCCACAGAACAAAAAAUCAAGCUUUAGUUCUAUGUGAUAAUGACAGGUCACACCCUUUGGUGGUUGAUUUUGCUGUUUCUAAUACAAAGGUUUUCUUGUGAAAUUCAUCCUGAAAAUCCCUUCAAAUUACAAGACUCUAACUUGACAGCUACAGAGGGGUCCUGCAUUGAAAUCAAAUGUCAAAUCAUAAAAUCUGUCAGUGAUGGUCCGGCGUCCUGGUUUUGGAUGAAGGAUGCAGUUUGGAUAAAUGGCAGUUUUAGUGCCACUACUAUUUUCAGUUCUUCUGAGUCAAAACAUCCUGUCAAUGCACACUUUGCAAAAAGGGUGAAAUAUAUCAGCUCUCCAUCUAGUAGUUGGAAAAAUCCUCCUUCCUCACUGUGUAGUAUAUUAAUUCGCGACCUGAAUAAAACUGACACUGGAAACUAUUCUUUUAGAUAUGUAGGAACAUCUUCAAGUGAUAUUUGGACUACACAACCAUUUACGAACCUCACAGUCACAGAAAAUCCAUGUCUGCUCACUUUUGAGGAACCAAAAAACGUGACUGAAAAUGGCAAUGUAACACUUACAUGCUCCACAUUAAGCUCCUGUACUUCAGGCCUAAAAAUUGAAGGUCCUUCGGCAUCACUUUCCCAAAGCAAACCAGAGAACCCUAAAAAGACCACACUGAGUUUUAAAGUCACUUGGGAGGAUGAUGGGAGGAUGUUUUCAUGCCAAACAGAGAACAAUACAGAUCCAUGUUUGAUUCGGAAUAUCAGCCUCACUGUAGGAUAUGCUCCCAAAGACAUGUCUGCAAAUAUAAGCUCUAACAUUGUAAAGGAAGGAGAGUCUGUCAGUUUCACUUGCUCUGCUAAAGGACAACCUGAGCCCACUUUUACAUGGACUAAAGAUGGUCGAGAUCUUGACUCAAAGGCCAAUUGGAUGAUCUCAUCAAUUACUGCAUCACAGAAUGGAUCAUAUAUCUGUAAAGCUGUAAACAAAUAUGGGAGUAAAGAAUUAGUGGUGACUGUCGGGGUUAUUUGUGAGUAUUGUUUCACA